AUGGCGAAUACUAGACUUAACGAGUUCAACCAAGAGAUUGGAUAUGCCAUUGACGACUGGGAAGGCAGAGAUGCGCCACAGAAAGUUCUCUUGACAGGAGAAUUCUGCGAGGUCCAACCGAUAAACGCUGAGAAGCACGCACUGCAGCUUUUUGAAAGCUUCAAGGUUUCCGGCAAUAAGAUCUGGACAUAUGUGCCAAUUGGGCCUUACGAGAGUCUUGAAAAUUACAAAGAGUUUCUCGACCAAUGUGCCCAGAGGAACGAUGAAAUUCACUUUGCAAUUGUCGAUAAAACUACCGGACACGCCGUUGGAACAAUAGCGCUGAUUAGUGUUAAUCCGCUGAACGGUUCAGCAGAAGCAGGUUACGUGAUCUACUCUUCCAAGCUGAAGCGAACUCCAAUCGCCACUGAGGCUCAAUAUUUACUGAUGAAGUAUGUUUUCGAUGAUCUUAAAUAUCGCAGAUAUGAAUGGAGAUGCGAUAGUCUCAACAGACCUUCGCGAACAGCGGCUGAGAGGUUGGGAUUCAAAUUUGAAGGUACCUUUCGCCAAGUAGUCGUUAUCAAAGGUCGCAAUCGUGACACAACGUGGCUCUCGAUUAUCGAUAAGGAAUGGACGCUUUGUAAACAGGCUUUUGAAAGAUGGCUGAGCCCCGACAACUUCCAAGACGGCGUCCAGAAGAGGAGUUUAAGUGACAUUAGAAAGCUGUGUCAAAAAGAGUCUGCAUGCUGA